AUGGUUCGGACAACAAUCGCUUGUUCCCACUGCCGCAAACUUAAGAUUAAGUGCGUUCACGAAGGCUCACCACCAUGCCAAAAUUGCAAAAAGAAGGGUCGGACACGCUCUGGGGAAUGUAUUCUCACCGGUCCUGAGCUGAAAAGGAAGCGUGUGCCAGAUACCCCGUCAGGAGAUAUAGAUCAGACUCGCCGUAAUAUUCGCUCCACUCUAGGCGAUACUCCUUUUACCCAGUCUUCCGAGUUGCAAGUCUCACUAAAUGGUAAUCAUGAGAAAGGUUUAGCGGUUGACAGUUUUACCGUCAUGGCGGCUCUCAAGACUUUCUCCUCCAAGUUCCCAGAGUUCCGCUUUGUUCACUUGCCUACGUUAUCCAAAUCUAUCCACAGUAUCGAAGAAAAUGGCCAGAUAAAUUUCCUUCAGCGAACUUGCAGUGAGUCAUCAGCCAUUCACAUGCUAUGCGCGUCUAUCGUAGCGCUAUGCCUACCUAUCACGCAUGAGCUUGCACAUGCUUCCCCGCCCGAGGCUUUCGCUACUUUUGCUAGGGGCUGUGUCUCAAUUGCAAGUCCUCCAGACUUGCUAACCAUCCAGGCACUCUUAACGUUGUCCAUGUACGAGUGGGGUACGGGUAACGGAUACCGUGCUUGGAUGUACAGCGGUGCCGCGACAAGGAUGAUGCAGUCUCUUCGAGUCAUGGUGCAUGUUGCUUCUCUUGCAUCAGUGGAGAAGGGAAUUCAUAACCGCACAUUAUGGGCGUGUUUCAUUAUGGAUAGACUCGUUCAUUGCGGGAAGACUCAGCCUUUCGCGUUGUCUGUCUACUCUAUGGAUACACUGUGGCCAACGUCCGAAGACGAUUUCGCGUUUGGCGAAUGUUCUGGCCACGCUCCUUUAAUGAAUGAAGAGCGAGGACCCUUGGAAACUAUGGAAGGUGACAUGAACCAUUACUAUGGAAUUCUUGUCAGAGGUUUCGACAUUUGGGCUCGAAUACUCUCCUGGGUGGUCAGUGGUGGGAGACGCUUGCCGGGAAUGUCUCUGCCAGAAAACCAUCCAUGGGUAGAUGGAUCUCGGUGGAAGCUUCUUUAUGAAGAACUGAUGGCAUGGCGAGAUCGGCAAGAGAAACGUCUUCGCUACCCUGAAGCGUCUUUAGAGGGACACUCAGCGCUUGGUACGGCUGAGAGAUUUGCGUACUUGAAUUUGAUAUACUAUGUGAGCCUCUUAUUCCUCGGUCGAGAAUAUCUUAGGUUUAUCCCGACCCCAGAUUCUGAGCCCAACGGUCCUGUUGAUCCUCCACUCUUACCACUUCCAGCACCUCUAGGUUGGUGGCAGGAUAGAGCUGACGAAAUAUUCACGUCUGCGGCACAUAUAGCAUCUCUGCUCAGGAAGCUUGAAGACGAAAACGAACCUCUCUAUACGCCGUUUCCUGGAUUCUGUGCCUUCUCCGCAGCUACCAUGAACCUCUAUGUCUCUUCAUUCCCAAAAAUGAACUUGGACAGGAAUCGUAUCUCAUCUCAUGCCGUCAAUGGAAACGUCGAAUUUUUGGGUAAGUUUAGGGGCAUCUGGGCAAUGGGCAAGGGGUGGUGGGUUAGUAUUGGUCAUUGCAAGCAACUCUACAAGAGUGCUCGCCAAGACCACAGCCAAUUCCGAGGCAGAACUCGUGAGGAUUUUAGCGCUCUAGAGUACUCGAUUCACGAUAUUAGAGGCCAGCCACCAACCAUUGGGGACUAUAUGUCUCCCGAAAUCAGCGUUGAUGAGAUUGAGAUUGGCUCUACUACGAAUAAUGAGACUGCUGCAGCUCUCAGUCUGCAGGAGCUAUCCGGCUUCGACAACAUACAGAAAACGAGUCUCACACAGGAUGAUGCGGCUAUAAACAGAGAUUGGAACCAAACAUGGCCACUAUGGCGAGAGCAAGAUUUCAUUCCUUUCGCCAUCGAGGGCGUACCGUUUGAUUACAACAUGCCAUUAGCUGAUCUGUGA